ACAGACGCAAAUCGGCAACAACUUGAGCCAGGUUUGCGCUCGACGGAUGUUUUUCCACAACGUAAACAUGGACAUUGGACGAGAAAAAAGAAAAUCGACUCGUAUGUUUGCGUUUGUCGCCUUGACAUAUGCUUUGUUUAAACCCCGAGCGUGAAGUUGAAAUCGCCGGAACUUGACAUUGUGCGAGGCGCACCGAGGCGAAGAGCGAUCGCUUUUGCUUUUGUCCGUCCGUCGGCUCGGCUUCUCAUCCACGACAUGAAGAUGUACGGCUACGGCGGGCCCUUUUUGUCGCUAAAAAGAUUGUCUGAUGCCGUCGACUUGGCGGUGAGCAACAUGAGCGACGUCCACAAGGCCGACCCGCACGGAUGCGACGACGGCGCCCUGACGGACCGCUUUGGCGUCCUCAUCCAAGGGCUGCUGGCCAUCGUCGCCUUCAGCACGCUCAUGUUGAAACGGUUCCGCGAGCCCGCAGGGAUCCGCCGACCCUGGAGGAUCUGGUCAGAAACCUUGAUUUUCUUCACAUUAGAGCAUAAAAACGCUAAUAUGACACAUUUUGUCUGUAAAUUUCCAUACGGAAUCUUUUGCAGGUUUUACGACACAUCCAAGCAGGCUAUCGGUGCUCUGUUUAUCCACUUUGCCAACGUCCUUCUGUCCACGCUCACCAAAGAGGACCCUUGCUCGCUGUCGGUCGCACUCUUUUUAUACACGUCCGGUGAAAUCAUCAAUCAAUUCGUUCUCAUCUGCGUCAUUUCCCAGUUACCUGAUGAACUUCCUCCUGGACGCCACGGUGGGCAUGCUGGUUAUCUGGCUGGCCGUCAAAGCGACCUCCAAAGUGGUGGAGCGCAAGCAGUGGACAUUGCUCACGUUUGGGGAGUACGGCGAUCCCCCGCUAGCGGCGGCAUGGCUCGGUCAGUGUGGCAUGUACCUGCUCAUCAUGGUUCUGGAGAAAGGCGCCAUCAGUCUGGUGCUGCUCGUGCCGGGAUGGUCCAAAGUACGCUGGUUCCGAUUAGGCGGAGACAAAAGCCGGCCGUCGUCGUUCACGGAAUACGUUGUCCUUCGCAGCUACAAGAAGUUCUGCUCAGCUACAUCGCUAACCCGCAACUGGAGCUGGUUUUGGUCAUGCUCAUCGUUCCUUUCAUCGUCAACUCCAUCAUGUUCUGGGUGGUGGACAGUCUGACCAUGAGGAAGCUGAAGAGCACCAAGAGCCUGGACGACUCGUGCGAGGUCUCGCCCGAGAAGGCCGACACGUCGCCUUGGGCCGGCGAUGACGAGUCGCGGGUUCUGCUCACGGUGGAGACGGACACGGAAGAGGACGAGGAGCCGCCGGAAGACGCCGCUUUGCCACCCGCGCGGUACUCGGGGGCUCCGGUCAGGCCGGGCUGGGUGGCGGUGUGAGGUCGCCGGCGUCUGAAACGUCUUUACGCUCAAAUUAAAGGAGGAUACAUCAGCUUUCAUGUGGGAACGCCGCCAAGCCAGGACUUGCUUUUUGGCUGGCACAAAGAUGACAGAGUAAAAUGCACACCAAGGCUUGAAGAAAGUACUUUGCACUUCAAAAUGUGGGAAAGGAAUCCGUUUUCAAGGCACCUGCCUCUGAAAUGGCAAUUUUCUCGAGUAGUGUCUGCUUUGUUGUCGUGAGGAAAUCAUUUUUUUGUAUGUGCACAAACAUAGUGUAUUCCUUUACUAAAAGCAGGUUAAUUGAAAGAGGAAAACAAACAAUCUGCAAGUAUUGAUGAUCAAUCAUUUGACUGCAUUUUGGUUGCUGCUUUGUACUCUGCAUCUACAUCUUAUCAUGAUGAUUGUAUUUAUUCACAUUUGAUGUCAUUUUAUAUUCCAGUGAUUGGAAAACCUGUAAGACUUGAAUUUUACACAUUGUUGUGACGGUGGACCAAAUAUGUCUGUUUUAUUUAAGUACACUUAGCCUUUUUGAAAUGUUGAUCUCUGGUAGCGGUCACUCCGGAUCUCCUUACACAAUGUAAUCUGUGGCCAUAAAUAAAAGACUAAAGGCUAAAUUCCUCACCUGCGGGAGGCGGCGCCGUGACCCCCGCCUGAUGACAGGGGGGGGGACUAGCGGCAUCUUGUCGUCGGCCCCCGAGGGGUUAGUUAGCGGGGCCAGGUGCGGUGUGAGCAGCGCCCGCCGACAGAUGUAAGCUAACUUUCAGACGCUAAGGGUCGUGAAGCAUGACAGGGUUGGGUUUCCCACAGUAAAGUUUGCUGGGUGGCAUGAAAAAAUAACCAUACUAUCUACAUCUGUCUGCCUUAAAUUCAUUAAUUCAUCUGACUGACUGACAAAUUCUUUUCAAGUCAACGCAGAAGGAUAAUUAUCAUCAAUGGCAGUGAAAGAGUUAACGGAGCGGAAUCAAAUUCGCAUUUUGAUUGGCACAUUUGAAAUAAAUCCUCUUGCAUUCGGGUUGGUUUCUGUAAUGUAUUACAAAACAUUUGAGCAUGUCAUCUUUCAAAAUAUGACACAAAACACUGAGGCUUUUUUUUUUUUUAAACACAUUUUGUCCUCAACUCUUUAAA